GGGAACCGACUGAUAGCAGGUGGACUUUGCCCUCAAGGGAAGUGAACACUACAGGAAGAGCAGAUUACUGGUAGUCACAGCUGAGUUCCACACCUAAAUUGUUGAAAAGAUACGCUUAAAUUUGGUGGGAUGGAACAGAAUGAUGGCCGCAGCCAUGAGGACUCUGAGUUUCACCCCCCUCCGUACAAUUCCAUAUACCUUGAACAAAACUGCAGAGGGGUGCUUUAUCAGGUGGGGAAAGGAGACAUUGCGGUGGUCUCCCCUCCCGCGGCCUACAGCAACAUGGACCAUCCUGAGGGCCCAGCAGCAGUCGGAGGUGACCGGCAGGACGGUGAGGAGCCACCUGCCUACUCCAGUGGCUUUGAGGAGAGCGGUUUCAAUGAUGCCGCUCUUCGAAAAGGUUUCAUAAGGAAAGUCUACCUGACCUUGAUGAUUCAGCUGCUGUUGACUGUUGGGAUCAUCUGUGCUUUUCUUUACUGGAGCACACUCCGGAGAUGGGUAUUUGACAACUACUGGUUUCCCUACUCCAUGAUGUCAGUGACGCUGGUGCUCAUUUUGAUCUUGUCCUGCUGUGACAACAUCCGUCGUCGCGUGCCCCUCAACUUUAUUGCCCUGGGCUUGUUUACUGUUGCUGAGGGGCUGAUGCUUGGAUCUGUGGCAGCAAGCAUUCAGGGUGGACUUUCAGUGAUAUACUUAGAUGAUCACAUUUCUAGAUUAGCACUAGUACUCAUGGGAAAUAUUGCCCUGUUUGACAUGUCUGCCUGCAGGUACUUUGAAGCCGAGGCAGUUAUGUGGGCUGUGGGUGCAACAGCGUUUGUCUCCUUCGGCCUGAGCCUGUUUGCUUUGCAGUCAAAGUGGGACUUUACUGCAGCAGCUGGCUGCAUGUGGGCAUUGGGCUGGUCCCUCUUUUCAUUUGCACUGCUGUGUGCAAUCCUCCGCUCGCAGUACCUUUACAUCUUGUACGCCUGCCUGGGAACACUGCUGUUUUCUUUUUACCUGGUGUUAGAUACUCAGAUGAUACUGGGUGGGAAACACAGGAAGUACGAGAUCUCUCCUGAGGAGUACAUCUUUGCAGCCCUCAACCUGUACCUGGAUAUCGUGACCCUGUUCAUGCUUCUGCUGCAGUUCUUCAACCUCUGCCGCUAAACCAGAACCCGUGAGCCUGAAAAGAACCAUUUCAAUGACGUGGGUGCCCCGUGUUGUGGAA